AUUUUCUCGUUUAGGACAAACGCAUUCUUUUACUUUGAGGCCAUUUGUCGCUUUUCAUAGAAUGGCACAUGUAUCUAUGUGUCACGUUGAAGACUACCUGAUAAGACUUCAUGAUAACAACCAUAGAUAACAACUUAUAACAACUUGAUGGUGGUGCUUUGGAAACAUCAACUCUAUAUAUAUGAAGGUUCUUUAGCUGUAAAGGAGGAUUGCUUUUUGAAGGAGGUAUGCCGGAAAUAGAAGGAAAUAAUUACGAAGAAAGUGCAGAUGAAUGUCAUUGUCGUCUGAAGACUACAAAUGAGUCUUUAUUGGAGGAUGGGAUCAAUGUAUCUUACAGUUUUGAUCUCAAAACUGAGGAAAGUCGGGAAUUUCUGAAUAGCUCUUUAUUGAAAUCUGAAGGAAACGCGCGCGCGCACCCAAACUUUAAUGACGUUGAUCGAGGAUGGGCCUGGGUCGUAUUGGCGGGAAGUUUUGGAACGUUUUGUCUGAUGGGAGCAACGCAAUUUUCAGCAGGAAUAGUUCACAUGAUUCUACUGGACAAAUACGAUUCUGGCGUGUCACUGGCAUCGGUGGCAGGGGCCGUCCAUGUAUCUAUAAUCAGUAUUGCAGCACCUAUAUCAACCUUUGUAUUGGAACGCUUCAGUUGUCGCGUUGCUAUAGUAACGUCAGGAUGUUUGUUCUUCCUUGGUUACUUAGGAACAGCAUUUGCACCAAAUAUUGAAUGUGUCAUUUUCACAUACGGAAUAGUUGCAGGUUUUGGAGGAGCACUUGGCUACACAGCAAACAUGGUUCUAGUCGGUUAUUACUUCCAAAAGAAAAGAAAUAUAGCAAUGGGUAUUGCUGUAUCCGGUGCUGGGUUUGGAAUAUGCGUUCUGUCUCAACUUAUGCUGUAUAUUCAUACACAAUAUGGUUCUUUUGGAUUCUUUUUGAUAAUGUCUGGAAUAUUUGCACAAAGUAUAGUUUUUGGAAUGGUAGCGAAACCUAGCCAGUUAGAGAUAUAUACUAAAGCUAGGCGAAGGGAACUAGCCAUUGCUAAUAACAGUGACAGUGAUACUUUUGAUGUUUGUAACCAUGCAAAAGCAUAUUUGACUGUUUUAUCAAAUAAAGCGGUUCUUUUCUUAAGCUUAGGAAUGUUUAAAUUUUGUCUUGCAACUUAUCUAAUAUAUAUGCACUUUCCACAUUACGUUGUCGAGAUGGGGUUUUCGCCGUCUGUCGCUGCAAAUUUUCUCUCGUUGUCUGGGAUAUUAACCGUGGCUGGAAGAAUUUUAACCGGCUCUUUUGCUUCUGUGAAAUGUGUAAGGGAGGAUAUCUUAUAUUGUCUACCAAUGUUUGUAUUAGGUUUUAUGACAAUUCUGUAUCCAUAUAUUUCAAGUACGUUUGCAGGGAAUUUGACUUACACAGUAUUUCUAGGAUUACUUUACGGGAAUGCGUAUGUAUUGACAGCGAGUGUUUCUGUUCGGUAUACAGGCAUUGUCAACCUCGCUAAAGCUAUUGGUGUCCAGUAUUUUUUCGCUGGUUUAGGGGCGUUAAUAGGACCAGUUAUAGCAGGAAUCAUCAUAGAUGCUGGUGGGUUAUUUGACGAAGCUUUCUUCACAGCUAGUGCCUUCUUAUUGCUGGCAGGUGUGGUAAGCGGGAUGGCCACGUUUGUGUCCCAGCCAAAUUCUCAGGAAAUAGAAAUUGAAGAGACGGAGUUCAAUAAAAAGACAAGCACUCCUCUCUGAUUCGAAAAAGAUUUCCUAGCAUGCGCAAUUUAAAUAUAUUGAUGAAAAUAGUAACCAAAUUCAUUUUUUUUUAUAUUUCCUGAUUAAGUCUGUUUAAUUGUUUUUUAAAUGUUCAUUAUAGUACAGGAAAACUCUAAUAUAACUUGCUAAAUUUCCUUCCUGCAAAGAGUAGUUCAAAAUCUAUGAUACAGAAUUCUUUCAGGGUAUGAAUAUUUAAAAAAAAAUUAAAACCUAAAUCUAGUUUGUUGAGUAAGCUAUUAAAUAAAUUAGCCAUAGUAAAAAUCUCUAGUAAUUAUUGAUUUAUUUAUUCAAAUGGUAAAGAUGAUCAAUGUUUUUUCUAGUGAGAUUGAACUUUUAACAUAUUUUCAAGAAUGGAAAUAUUAGAAAAUGGUUUCAAUUUUUAUGGAAAAUGCAUUGUCCGUGCAGUGAUCGAAGUGUGCAUUAUACUGAAAAGUAAUAAAUAUUCUGAGGUUGAGAUAUAUUAAACACAUAUUAAAUCUAUUCUAAGGUGUUUUAAUUUAACUGAUAAGUUUCUGACAACUAUCAGGUAACUUGUUAUGUAGUUCUUACUUCAAAAGAAGUUUGAAAUUAUAAAUGUACACUUUUUGUUAGAUUAUGAAUAUGUUCGACCAAUUUCGGACUAUUUGAAAAUUGUCACAUGUUUUGUUCAAUAAGCUAUAAAAUGAAAUAGCCAUGGUAAAAUCUCUUAAAAAAACUGGUGAUUUGUUUCCUAAAAUGAUGUAGAUAAUUAUUAUCUAUUCUAUUUUUAUUGAAUAUAAAUUAAUUUUUUUUUUAAAAAUGUUAAAAUUGGUAUUUGGAUUAAAUUUUUUUAACAAAAAAUGCAUUGUCCGAGCACCGUUUUGAAACAUUUAUGAUACUGAAAAAUAAAAAAAUGUGAAAAUAUUUUAGUUUUUGUAUUAUUAUUUUCAUAGAAUUGAUGGAAGUAGACUAUAAAACACAUAUUUGGAUAGUCUAAAAUGAUAAUUUCGAAAAUAAGACCUUGUUAUGUUACUUAGGUCUUCACUUUAUUUUCUCCAUUUUCUGAAAUUGAGGGUGACCAUAUUGAAACACAAAUAUCUAGAGUUGUAGGUAAAAGAUGUUAAAAAUCCUGCAAUUACAUGCUUAAAUAUUAUAUAUUUGAAAAAGAAAUGUUUCUUUGUUAUUCUUGAAAGUGCCCAUUAGGGUCCGUAAUCCUUAAGUGACGGCGUGUUAUAGUAGUUAACGCGUCGGACUUGUACUUUAAGAAUUGAUGGCUGGCCGUGUGGGUUUGAACACCGACAUUUCAUUGAGCAUUGAGCAAGAAAUACUACACUCAUUUCUUAAGUUUGGUAAAAUCAAGGAACGUAUCCGAGUGUGUGUGUCUAUAAGCUUAUAUAGCUUCAUUAAUGUUGUAUAAAAACUUGCGGCUAUACAUGUACAAUGUAUAAUUAUCUGGUCGUCUGUCUCGCGAGAGUGACAGAACGCCAAAAUGGCGGCACCCGUAAACUUAUUUCUCAAGUAAAAAAUAGUGUCUUAAAACACGAAUUUCUCACUUAUAGGAUUGAUGUCAACAGAAAAACGGUCAUGGUACCUCUUUUUAAAUGAUGAAUAUUUAUAUUAGACAUACAUCAAUCCAUCCAUUCCUAUUCCUUUAAACUACUAGUACUAUUUUUCACUCAUAGUUUCAUUAUUUUGGUCAUAAUUUUUUUUUAUUAUUAUCACUAUUUAUUAUCAUUGAUAUUUCCUUGUCCUAUGUUAGUUCAAAUUAUUUUUUCAACAUUAUUAUCAUUGUUAUCAUCAUCAUCAUCAUCAUCAUCAUCAUCAUCA